CAGUAUAGGGCUAAUACAAUCUCGUUAGAGUCGUUAUAUGCAUACGAUAUCACCAUCUCCGGAGGGGGGCGCGAGCAAAGGAGGAAGAGUUAUAGAGGAAGACGAAGCCAAGGAAGAAGCACGCCAGCCUGCCAUGGCCAUGUCUUAUCCGAGUCGUUCCUUUCAGUUGAACCAUACCGUGAGGGAUCCUGCCAGCAUGAACAAGGCGGUGUCCAUCCUGCCACCACAGAUGCGUUCCAGCGGAUCGAUGUUCCCCAGGUCGCGGAUUGGAAGCUUGGAAAGACGAGUGCCCCCUGAAGACGCAGGAGUGAUGCAAUAUUUGAUAAUCCUCGUCAUCAUCUUCGUCACCAUGUUCGGCGUCGGGGUCGGCGUAUACUUCUCGUUCCUGCAAAGCGGUCAUCAGGAGUUCACCGCAACUGAAGCAGCUGCAAUAGGCAGGAGCACAUGUGACGUAGUCGAACCAUACCGUCUAGAAAAUGGAGCCCUUAUUUGCUCGGUCAACGGUUCGGUGUCCAUGAGAUAUCCAUUUGACUACUGCUCGCACAUUGUGUUUCUCAGCGCCACAAUAGACAGCCAGGGUUCCAUCCAGAUACCUCCAGAAAAAGUUGGUCAGUUCACGAUCUUUGGCGUCGUCAACAACGCUGUGAGGAAAGUGGUAAAAUUGUUAUCCAUCAAGUACGAAGAUAUGAAACAUCUCUCUCCAGAGAAAUUUUACGAUAUAGUGGACGAAUUCUUCAGAAAGCAACCUUUCCUCGAUGGCGUUGACAUUCGUUAUGUUCCCGUUCCUAAACCUGAAGCUCAAGCACCCGUUUCCAACUACUUAAACACUACGCGCGAGCUCCUAGAAAGAAACCAAAAAAUGCUUCACGUCACUUUUGGGACAGCCACAAAUCUUGGCUUCGACCUUGCAACGGCUCCCCAUAUCGCUUCCGUGAGGGUGUAUGCGGAACUCAACGCUGAGAAUAUGAGCCUUCCCGCAAACAGACUUCGAACCCUGAAUCAGAGUAUACUCGAGCUUUCCAGGAUACAAGCACCAUCCGGUCGAGCCCUCUGUCCUGCAGUGUCAUUGGCUAUCUACCGAUAUGAUUCACUGAAACAGGUUGGGCGGAAUAUCUUGAAUGGUGAAAAGGUGGCAUACUGCACUGUGCGUACGCCCCUCAGAAGGAAACAAAUAAUUGAUAAUAGCGACCUGUUCACGUACGAAACAGACGGACAUAGGACGUUUCUGUACGAAAGCGGAUCGCAGCUUGAAGAAAAAGUAAAGCUGCUGAAAGCAUUGCCUUCUCCAGCGUGUUUGAUGGUGGACGACGCCGCGUAUGAUGACACCACUUGCGAAUGCACCGGAAAACGUUUCUUCCUGCUAGCCUCGGUACGACGCGCCCUUCGAGAGCUCGAAAACUCUCAUUAAGCACUCUUCGUAUUUUCAAGCUAGCCCAUUCUCCUUGGCGCUGUUUCACGCGUACAUAAAGCACCAAUA